AAGGACAGACAUCUGAAACAAUCAGAAGAACAACAUGGGAGAAACUGAACAAAGGGUUGGAACCCCUGUGGUCAGAUGCUUUUCCAAGAUCAAGAUGUUUUUGUUGGCAUUAACAUGGGCAUAUUUAUCCAAAUCACUAUCUGGAAGUUAUAUGAAUUCCAUGCUCACACAAAUAGAGAGACAAUUCAAUAUCCCCACAUCUAUAGUUGGAUUAAUCAAUGGGAGCUUUGAGAUGGGAAACCUUUUGUUGAUUAUAUUCGUGAGUUAUUUCGGAACAAAACUGCACAGACCUAUCAUGAUUGGUGUUGGAUGUGCAGUUAUGGGCCUAGGGUGUUUCAUAAUAUCACUACCUCAUUUCCUCAUGGGCCGAUAUGAAUAUGAAACAACGAUUACACCUGCAAACAACUUAUCUUCAGACAGCUUCCUGUGUAUGAAAAACAGAACCCAGACGUUAAAGCCAACGCAAGACCCAGCAGAGUGUGUGAAAGAAAUGAAAUCAUUAAUGUGGAUAUAUGUAAUGGUAGGAAAUGUCAUUCGUGGAAUUGGUGAAACUCCUAUCAUGCCCUUGGGUAUUUCCUACAUAGAAGAUUUUGCCAAAUCUGAAAAUUCCCCUUUAUACAUUGGGAUUUUAGAAACAGGAAAAAUCAUUGGCCCUUUGAUUGGACUUUUGUUGGGAUCCUUCUGUGCAAGGAUUUAUGUAGACACGGGGUCUGUGAAUACAGAUGACCUGACCAUCACUCCCACUGAUACACGCUGGGUUGGGGCUUGGUGGAUCGGCUUUUUGAUCUGUGCAGGAGUGAAUAUCCUGACCAGCAUCCCGUUUUUCUUUUUUCCAAAAACACUCCCAAAGAAAGGACUAGAGGAUAAUGGGGAUGUGACCAAAAAUGACAAAGAAGAGAAAGAAAGAGAAAAGGCCAAGGAGGAAACCCAUGGAAUCACAAAAGAUUUCUUACCAUUCAUGAAGAGCCUGUCCUGCAAUACGAUUUACAUGCUUUUCAUCUUCAUAAGUGUUCUUCAGUUCAAUGCAUUUGUUGAUUCCUUUACCUUCUUGCCUAAAUACCUGGAACAGCAAUUUGGAAAAUCGACUGCAGAAGUAGUCUUUCUCAUAGGUCUUUAUUACUUACCUCCAAUAUGCCUUGGAUAUUUAAUUAGUGGCUUUAUUAUGAAGAAGUUCAAGAUUUCUGUCAAGAAAGCUGCAUCCAUAUCAUUUUGCCUCUCCCUGGUCGAGUACCUUCUAUCUUUUUUUCACUUUAUGAUGGCCUGUGAUAAUUUCUCAGUUGCCGGCUUAACUAUUUCUUAUGAAGGAGUUCCGCAGCCUCUUGAUGUGGAGAAUGACGUCCUCGCUGACUGCAACACAAGGUGUAGCUGCUUAACGAAAACAUGGGAUCCGGUGUGUGGAGACAAUGGCCUAGCAUACAUGUCUGCCUGCCUUGCAGGCUGUGAGAAGUCUGUCGGAACAGGAAUCAACAUGGUGUUUCACAACUGCAGCUGCAUUCGCUCGUCUGGAAACUCAUCUGCAGUCCUCGGGCUGUGUAAGAAGGGCCGUGACUGUGCAAACAGGCUGCAGUACUAUUUAAUAAUUUCAGGAAUUGCCUGUUUCAUCUACUCACUUGCAGCCAUACCUGGGUACAUGGUUCUUCUGAGGUGUAUCAAGUCUGAAGAGAAGUCACUUGGAAUUGGAUUACAUGCAUUUUGCACAAGAGUAUUUGCUGGCAUCCCAGCACCUAUUUACUUUGGCGCUUUGAUAGACAGAACAUGUUUACAUUGGGGAACUCUGAAAUGUGGUGAGCCAGGGGCAUGCAGGAUGUAUGAUACAAAUAACUUCAGGCGCAUUUACCUUGGGGUGCCUGCAGCACUAAGAGGAUCAAGCUAUCUUCCUGCAUUCUUCAUUCUAAUGCUUUUGAGGAAGCUCCAACUCCCUGGGGGAAUUGACUCUUCAGAAACUGAACCUGCAGAGACAAAGUUCACAGAGAAGGAGAGCAAAUGCAUGGAUGUAAAACAAAGUCCUAAGGUUGAGAAUGAUGGCGAACUGAAAACUAAGCUAUAGUGAGUGUUCUAAUGGUCUAUAUAAGCCCAUGAACAGAAUGCACAUUAUACAUGUUUUGAAUCAUGACAGGUACUAUAGAAAAUCUUAUCUUUAAGGACCUCAAAAAUUAUUUUUUACUCAUGAUAAAAAUAUUUUCUACAGGGCAGAGCCUUUCAGAGGCCCUCUGUGGCAGGCUCCUAACUUGUUCCCUGUUUUCUCCUUCUUCUGAUGUCCAUCCUCUUUGCCUUUCUGGAUGGGGAUUGAGCAUUUUCGCCAGAGUCCUCCCUCUUGAUUAGUUUCUUUAGGUGUACAGAUUUUAGUAGGUUUAGCCUAUAUUAUGUGUCUAUAUGAGUGAGUAUAUACCAUGUGUGUCUUUCUGAUUCUGGGAUAGCUCGCUCAGGAUGAUCUUCUCUAGUUCACACCAUUUUCCUGCAAAUUUCAUGAUUUCCUUGUUUUUUUUAUUGCUGAGUAGUAUUCCAUUGUGUAGAUAUACCACAAUUUCUGUAUCCAUUCCUCAGUUGAGGGGCAUCUGGGUUGUUUCCAA